AUGAGCCGUGAGAGUACUACUGCUAAGCAGGGCGUCGUUGCGCAAGUACCUGUAAAGAAACCCAAGGCUAGAAGGAAAUAUGCUCCUAAAGUCCGCACAGGCUGCAUCACUUGGAAUCAAUUUAGAUUUCGCCGGAAGAAGUGCGAUGAGGAGAAGCCUUUCUGCCGCCGCUGCACAGAAGGUGGCUGGAAAUGUGAUGGCUACGCUCCUAUAGCCGAAGAAUCUACUUCCAAAAAUAAGAAGAACAGUUCUGCCGCUUCGAUUGAGCCCAAGGUCACCCCGAGCAAGCAGUCAACAGCAUUGACGUUGAUCAGUGGCCAGAAUGCGGGAAUUCCAUUACUACCAAGGCUCCCGCCAACAAAAAAUAUCCUUGAACAGCAUUGCCUGAGCCAUUUUUUCACUUACACUCUCAAUGAAAUUGAUCUGGCGCCUGGGAUUAGCGGGUUCUGGCUCAAAACGCUUCCAGCCCUGAGUCAAAAUGAGCCGCUGGUUCGGCAUGCCAUUACGGCAUUGGGUGCUACCCACUGGCUUUUCCUCAGUAAUAACUCCUCAAGGAUCAAUCAUCAAGCUCAAUAUCAGGCAGUUGUUACUCAACAGUUCACGAACGCUAUAUCACGAUUGGUACCUCUUAUGUCCCAGGCUAAACCCGAGAAUACUAUGCUGGUUUUGAUAUGUUGCCUGUUAUUUGUAUUCAUCGAGUCGUUGAAAGGCUCCCAGACCGAAGCCUUACGGCACCUCACAGCUGGAUGCCGACUCCUCACAUCUCUUCGCGACCCCCCACCGGAACUGGAAGGGAAGCUGCGCGAAAUCGCAACAGUAUUCCGGGGACUCGGGUCCGUCGUCAACAUGUUUAACGAAGACAAGAUAAUACCGGAUCUUGCGCCAUAUGCGCAACUGCCAAAAGGGUACGAAGACCCCACAAAGCCCUAUGAGAGCCUUGAUGAGGCAGAGCAAGCCCUGGCUCAUCUCGAUUUGUUUCUCUCGGACAUGCACUGCGCCCACGACAACUCUGAAGGACCAUUCCCUGAGCGACUAAAAGAGAUCAACGAGGAGACAUUUCAGAUCCUUGGAAGGCGCUUCCGAAAGUGGGAAGCCCGUUUCGAAAAAACUCUGGAAACUCUUAGGCCGCCCCAUAGCUAUGAACACCUCAACUUGAAGCUUCAGAGGCAACUCUGGGCUCAAAUGAUGAAACAACCAUAUGGCGAAGAGCCGAUUAUUGAUGUAGAGCAAUGUAUGUCGUUUAUGGAUCAGGUGGAGGAAUUGCUCGAAAUGACGAACCCAACGCAAAGAGUUUUCACAGCGAAGGCGGAUUUGAUCCCGGUACUAGUCGUGGUAUACGGAUCUUGUCCGGUUGCUAAAGUACGGAAGCGGGCGAUAGCUCUAUUACGGUUACGUAGCCGAAGGGAAGGGUUCUGGGAUAGUGGCGAGGCAGCUGAUUUCCUGCAGUUGGAUCUCGAUAAAUGCUUGGCAGGCCAGAAGGGCACAGGGUGGCCGGCUGUCGGUCCUUCUACCGCCCAGGGGGCACUUCUGGUUUUCAGGCCGAAGCCAGAAACAUAA